CUUUUGUGAAAAUCUUGUGAAAAAAAAAGUAUUUACAACUUCAAUGCUAGAUCCAAGCCUCUUUCCAGUUCGGAAUAAUACAAAUCCGCCAAAACGGUGAUCGGACCAUUCCGAAACGGCAGCGUUUUCUCCUCACCUUGACAUCCGUGGCGGUGUGAGAUCCAUUUUACCACCGGCGAUCUCAUAUUCACCGGUGGUUCCCGCAUUUAAAUCUCUUCUACCUCAUAUCUGUGCAAUAUAAGCUUAUGCUGGUAAAAAGUGUGACACAAGAAGUUGAUGGCAUCUGAUGAAGGUGAUACUGGUGGAAUGAUGGAGAUUCCUGCAGAAGAUUCCUCUAGACCCGAGGAGCAUUUGUAUGAUUCUGAUAUGAAUCAUCAAAGCAAGGAUGGAAGUAAUAUAAAUCUAGUAAUGGAAAAUGGCUUAUCUGAUGGCAAUGAACGUUCGGCUGAUACUUAUGAUCAGCUUCUGCAAAUGGUUGUUGACCUGAAAUUUCAGAAUGAAUUCUUGAAGUCCCAGUUUGAGGGGUUUAGCAAUGUUAACAGUGUAAGUAGUGAGUCUAGUAUACAGAAAGGAGCUGGUGGAGUGGAGGAUGGGGAAUCUGACAUUGUGAAAGAGCUCCGGGAAAGGAUAGAAUCAUUGAAUAAAGAGUUUCUGGAAGAGAAACAAACAAGAAUUGCAUCCGAAGAAGCUUUGAAGCACCUUCAAGUUGCGUAUUCAGAUGCAGAAGUAAAAGCCAAAGAUCUCUCUGAACAGCUUGUAGAAGCUCAAAAUAAGUCAGAACGUGAAAUAAAAGAUUGGGAAGAGAAGUACUCUGAACUUGAAGCCAAGUUAAACAGGCUUCACAAAAGGGCAAAACAACGCAUUCAAGAGGUUCAAAAGGAAAAAGACGAUCUUGAGGCACGAUUCUCUGAGGAAAAUGAAUCUGCCGAGCGAGCAUCAUCUCAAGAGUUAGAGCGCACAAGGAAACAAGCAAAUGAGGCAUUGAAAGCCAUGGAUAAUGAUAGGCAACAGCUAAGAAGUGCAAACAACAAGCUUCGAGAUACCAUUGAGGAAUUACGGCGUUCAUUGCAACCUAAAGAGAACGCUCUUGAGGCAUUGCAAUUGUCACUUGCUGAAAAAGAACAGAUGCUGGAAGAUACAAGAGGAUUGCUUCAAGCUUCCGAUGAAAAAAGGCAAGCUGCACUAACUGAGCUCUCUGCCAAACAUCAAAAGAAUAUAGAGAGUUUGGAGGCUCAACUCAAUGAUGCUUUGUCUGAUAGAAGUAAGGCAGAUGAAACCAUUUCUUCACUGCAGGUUCUAGUGGCAGAGAAAGAAUCUAGAAUUGCAGAGAUGGAGGCAGCAUCAACUGGGGAAGUAGCACGACUCAGAGCAGCCAUGGAAAGCGUGAAGGGGGAGAUUUCUCACUUAAAACAGGAGCAUGGAAAAGAAAGGGAAGCCUGGGAGGCUGCAUCUCAAGCACUUAAAGCGAAGCUCCAAAUUGCUGAGAGCAACUGUAUACAUGCAGAAGUUGAAGUAGCAAAAAUAAGAAGUCAGCUUGAAUCAGAGGUAUCUGCACAAGCCAAAAUCCUCACUAUGAGAGAUGCUGAAUUGUUAGCUGCCAAAGAAGAGAUCAGCAGUCUUGUGAGGGAUUUUUCUUCAUACAAGGCUCGUGCACAUGCACUUCUUCAAAAGAAGGAUGCAGACCUGGUUGCAGCUAAAGACUCUGAACAACUCAAAGCUCUUGAGGAGGCUCUUAAAGAGGCUGAAAAUGAAGUAUUAUCAAUAACAGAAGAAAGGGAUAGAGUUCUUCAAGAUCUUCAAUCGGCCAUGGCCAAUAAUGAGAAAGAACUUGCAGAAAGAGACACUGCGCUUGAAAGUGUCAAGCAACAGAUAAGGAGUUUAGAAAUAAAGCUUGAUUCAGUUAGUGCUCAGCACCUAAAAGAGAAAGAGGAAUGGGGACUAAGCCUUCAAAAUGUAGAAGAAACAUGGAGAAUCAGAUGCGAGGCAAUGAAGACCGAAAAUGAAGUAGCUGCUGCAGAAGGUAUGCAAAAGGAAUUGGAAGAUCUCAAACAGAGAUGUAAAAAAUUGAGGGAAGAACAUGCUUCAUUUCAUGAUCUUUCUGAUAGAAUGAUUGAGGACAAAGACAAUGAAAUAUCCAGACUUCUAGAUGAAAAUAAGAAUCUCCGCCAGUCUCUUCAAUCAAGACAACGCGCCAGUCAGAAUGAUCACUACAACACAGCCUCACAUCAAUUGGAUUCGAGUAAUUUAAGUCCCUCAGACGCUGAACAUCAAAUUCUGAUUUUGGCUAGACAACAGGCCCAAAGAGAGGAAGAGCUAGCACAGUCGCAGCGCCAUAUUUUAGCUCUUCAAGAAGAAAUUGAGGAGCUUGAACAUGAAAAUCGUCUCCACAGCCAACAGGAGGCAAUGUUGAAGUCUGAGCUUCGCAGCAUGGAAAGAGCGAAGAAAAGGGAAGGUGUAGAUAUGACAUAUUUAAAAAAUAUUAUCUUAAAGCUUCUGGAGACAGGUGAAGUGGAAGUAUUGCUACCAGUUAUUGGAAUGCUGCUUCAGUUUAGUCCAGAAGAGAUGCAGAAAUGCCAACAGACAUAUCAAAACUCAACAGAUGUUCCACCAAGUCCUGCAAGUGAAACAUCAGGAUCUGGGCUCUCUCUUUUCUCAAGAUUCUCAUUUUCCUAAUGGCAUAAAUGGGAGUGAUGGAGAAUUCUUUUGUUGACACUUGAAUAUCUGCUUCUGCCAUCCAGCUUCAGUGGAGUAUGUUUGCUUACUUGCUGUUUUGCUGAGAAAGCAUGCUUGUAUCUGUAAAUAAGAAAAUAUAUCUUGGUUACAGAAGCAAUGGUUCAAUGCAAGAAUUUGGUAGCUGACAGCCUGUAAAGAAACAUCGAGGAUUAUAUACAUCAAAUAUCACAAAGGGGAGGGAGAACGCACAUGAUGUUCUGCUUAUCUGUCUUUUUUUUUUGGGUACAAUGCUUGUUAUCUGGUCUAGGGAGCUACGGUAUAAUUCAUUUUUAAUGAUUAAUUGUGUUGAGUCAAAGCUUAUUAGCUAGAAAAUUGUGUCAUAUUUCUUGAUAUAUGAAUUUUCAAUAUGACAAUGCCAAUGGCAUGAGAAUUUUUCAUUAUUUCUUGAUAUAUGAAAGUUGUAUCAUAUUUGAUGUCAUAA